AAGAAAGCCGCCGCCGCCGGGUGCCAGCUCCCUUUGGGCAGAGAAGGAAAACGCUUGGCCUCUCCGCCUCUCUCCUCUCUGUCAGACGGACAGUGCACGUGCGGAUGUUGGGCUCUUUUCUUUCUUGCGGAUCCCAGCGCAGGCCAUCUUUGUAUUCCUGGUCGUGCAGUCUCAAGUUUUACGAUCAUGUAUGUGCGUGUGUUUCGUUUACCGCGUGUACGAGCUAAAUUAACGCCCUCCUGCAAUGAAUAGCUCGGGAUUUCUGUGUGCCGCAGGGAUGCAGUGAUCUUCAUUGUCUGUCUCUUGUGAGAGGCUUUUUACGAGUUCCGCGAAGAAAAAAAAAAGGAAAAAUACCAACACCACCAGUGUACGUGCGAAUGCCAGUGAUGGACGUUUUGUUCCAAGUUCAGAAAUGCUACGAGCCACUCGGAGACGCCGACUCUAUGGUGGAUUGUGUGAAUUCGAGGCUGGUGUUUGCGCCGUCAUCGUUUUACAAAUAUGUGGCGACGAGCAGCGGCGGCAGCGACUCCUGCCAGUCGUCGAGCGACUCCGGCGGUGUGUCCGCCCCCUGCUCGCCUGCCGAGUCCGAACUCAGCGAGCCGCCCGGUACGCCGCAGCCCAUGCCGCCUCUUCCCCAUUCCCUCCUCCUCAUAGACGAUUCCUCUCUCCCAUCCUCACCCCCUUCCCUUCCCCCUCCGCCACCACCACCACUACUUCAACCACCAUCUCAAGUCACCAAGUCGCUGGACGUCACUCCUCCCAUCAUCAAAUUGUCUCCACCAUCCUCGCCCUGUGACGUCACAAGAUCGGACCAACCGGACAGCGAAACUCCGCAGGAUGAGGAGGACGUCGACGCAGCGGUAGCCGAGGUGUUGCGUCGCUGCGUCGACGCCGUUGUGUUGCAGACGGAUACGAACGCGUGCGAACUGCGGCUUGCGGCGCCGCAACCGGUUGUGUGUGAACGUGAUGUGGCGAGUCGUUUGUCGUCGUCGUCGAAGCUGGUGUCGUCGAGGGAGAGGAUUGUAGCGUCCUCGUCGAAGUGUGUGGCGUGUCGCUGGACGGGUUGUGGUGUGCCGCUGGCGUCGGAGGAAGUGCUGGCCGAUCAUGUGAGAAGGGAACACGUGGAGCCGCAGUUGGAGUGUGGGGAGAAAAGGUCGUUCGUCUGCCGGUGGGAAGGUUGCAAGGUAUACGAUCGUCGAUCAAGUUCUCACCAGUGGCUGGAAAGGCACGCACUCCUCUGCCACGGGGGACCUCGACCUUUCGCCUGCAUCGUGGACGGAUGCGGUCAGAGGUUCCCGACGCAAGCGGCGUUACAGCGGCACGUGAAUGCUCACUUCGACCCCAGGAGCCCCGCGGGCAGGGGACCUGGGACGUCGGGGAAUGGACCGGGAGGCUCAGGAGGAUCCGGCUCCGUCGGGUCCGUAAACGGGACGUCGUCCGCGGAGUCUCCUCUCAAGCUGCCCCGGUUGAAAAGGCGGCUGCGGUGUCGGCGGAAGGGAUGGGCCACGGCCAAGCAUAAUGACUUCUUCGACGGCUGUGUGCUGGAGCAGCUUCGGCAUCGACUGGUGGAGAUGACAGCGAGGCAGUCCCCACUGGAUAUGCAUUCCCAUCCAGGAAACAGCAUCACCUUCCAUGGCACGGUCAUCGCUAGGAGGAAAGAAGAUGGGGGCAAGGUGAAGGUGCUUAUGCAUUGGCUUCCUGAAGAUGUCAUACCUGACUCGUGGCUGCCGGAGGGACACUCGGCGGAGAAAACGGUCCCAGUAACCUGCCUUUCGGACGACUCCCUGAGGAAACUCAACCUGUGGCCCUCCGCACCUUCCUCUUCAACGACGCCGCAAGAUCGGGGAAGCACCCCGUCCGCGUCGAGCCGCCGCAAACGAAAAUGAUGCAGCCCCGCGGUCGUACGCUCGACAAGAUCCCACCAUCGUCACCUCAUCGUCUCUCUUCACUGCCAAAUAGGAAACAGUCAGCCUAAUUUAUUACGACCCUCACACUCUGGGGGAAAGGAUUCAUCCGAACGGUUCAUUGACUUUCGCUACAGCAUCCAGUCGCGGCUGUGCCGUGACCGGUGCGAGCCCCACCCCAUGCAAAAGGAGUGACACGGAAAAUACGGCGGCUCAGAAUGCAGCCGCGGUGCAUCCGCGGAGACGGUUGCUUCCGGGAUGAGAGAAGUAUCUCGGGCAGCAUACUUAUGCAAUCACUUUGUACGUCAACGAGAGUGGCCUGCCGAAAUGUGCUGCGACGUGUUUUGAACUCUUAAGUGGGGGUACAGUGAGAUAUCGAACUACGAGGACGGUGCUGCUGGAAAGUCGAGUUGUACCACGUGCUGUACUGCAUGUUUUUUUACCCAAAGGUUUACACCAUUGUUGUCACGAUCAAUAAGUUUUGUAGCUGCGUUAAGCCCCAGUUUGUGAUUGCAGCUAGAAACAAAUCAAAUCUGUCGCAAAUAUGCUCAUGAACGGUAAGUGCCGUAUCUACGUGCGUUUACUGUCGAAGAUUGGAUGAUCUCGUUUCGAUUCAUAAACGCGUCCUAAAGUGCCACGGCCACCUUUAGGAGAUUUAGAAAUUCACAACGGAAGCGUACCGCCUUUUUCGUAAGUGAGAGCUUACUUCACACAGUUUAAUUGUUUGCGACACUUACAUAAUGUGUCCUUGAGGUUGUAGAAUUAUUAACUUUGCCGUAGCUCCACCCCAAAAGUCGUACGGAACUUCAAAAUUUAAUUCGGGAAUAAAAGUCUGUUCAAGCACGUUCAGACAUGCACGGUACUUUUCCACUGGAAGCGCUACAGUGCCGGGCCACCUCGACACCGCAAUUCUCUCCCGCAGCACCGUCCAGCGAACAGGAGCUAAAAAUGACCAAUUCAUUUCACUACAUCCGUUCCCUGGUCUUUUGUUUGAAUCACUGCCAUCGAACGUGCAUGACGAAUUCCGCCUCUUCUGCCAUCGAGUCUCUGUACGAAAAAAAAAAAAAAGUCAAAGUGUCUGAUCUCAUGUCUCCACCCUGAGUGUCAAUAUUAUUAGUUUUCUUUUUUUUUUUUUUUUUAUACCUGGUUGUGUUGAAUCAAGUGUCAAAUUUUUUUGUGGAAAGUGAGUUUUUUUAGGGGGGGACUGUUUGUUUGUAACUCAGGUGCUGGAGACCCCUUACGUGAAUGCCAUAAGGAAAUCGUCAUGCAUUCCAUUCUCGAGAGGGGGGUGAUCACCCGCGGCAUUUUAGGUAUCUUAAAUGAAUUCAUCGUGACUGCCACCUUUAGUAUCCCAUCUCAACUCAGUGCCUUUGUGCCGAAUGUGUUGGGAACGAACAUGGGACAAAGAUAAUGUUGGGACCUGGAAGUUUGGGAAAGCAAAGGCUCGUAUAAAGCAUGACAGAAGCACGACGUGCAAAAUUGGGGAAAAUAACCCGGUUAUUCCGUGACUGACUUAAAUGUCCGUCGAGUUCAUUCGAAAAAUGUUCAUGUUGGAGACAUCGACAAAAAGCUGUGUCACAGCAAAUUUUUAGGACAUUUAUUUAGUGCAAGAAUAAAAAUUGAGUUGGUACAGGAAAGCAAUCGGGGGUAUGAUGCAAGCGAAGUUGACAGUGGGACGUGAAAGUUGGGUACAUGUAUUCGCAAUUUCUUCCAGCGGAUGCUGACGUGUGAUUGUUUAGGUAUUCAGGCCCUUAUACAUGCUGUCUACCUUUAGUCUUUUACAACUAUUGUGGUCCAAGUUAUAGGAUAUCAGUGUCUAUCGAGUCUCUCGUACCAACUUUACGAUGAAAUGUUUGUGAGAAUCAGAGGCAUUUUGAUUGAAUCUGGCGAGAAGAAAAAAAAAAAAAUUCAUUCCUUUUUUUAUAUGUGUUGCUCAAAAAAUGUAUUCUUCAGUCAGCUUGUGUUUGUGUCGUCAUUGUGUUCAUCCGUAUGCAUUUCAGUAUGCUCAAUUUACUUCAGUAAAUCCCGACAGUGUUUCACGUAUGAAAAGUCGCAUUUGGGUUCGGCAGUUCUUGGUGUGGCUCAUCAUUCCACGAAGCGGAGGAGGUUUGCGGAGUUGGUUGAAAUGCGCACCGGGCAGCUGUCCACGGUUUUAUCAUCAGAUUGUCGCGAGAGAUAACAAUGCAACUUUGAGCUAGUGAAGCGUAACAAGGAAAAGAAAAUGAAUUUGGGGGCCAUUGUGAAAGCGCAGUGUUGAGCGUGGGGCUUCUACCUGUGCAAAGCCAGCCUUUUGCAGCGAGGUGCAGAUCGAGGUCUGGCCAAUGGAGGGUGGACGGGGAGGUGGAAAGGGUAGUAUAUAUCCUUUCCCUCGUAGAUGCUAUGUAGUGUGUCAUGAUAGCCUUUGGAAAGCGUAGCCUCUUGUGAGCUUAACGAGAGCGUGUAACAGCGAACGAUGUCCUGUAAAUAUGGCUCUGUCGAGUGUUUUGUGACAUGUACCAUACUUAUUAAUAUUAUUGCUGAGAAAUACAUCUAAGAACUGUUGAACCGCUGAGAGAUCGACGGUUAUGAAAGAAAUGACGCGGGCGGGAGCACAACGCCUUUCUUUCCCAAAACGUAGAGGAGAGUUGGCACUCAUGAAACUGGUGGACAGUCCCACGUCGGAUGUCUCAUGAUUCGGGCCUCUUGCUUUCAGGUUUUCAGGCUAAAAACUCACGUACACAGGCUAAACAGGCGUAAACAGGCUAAAAACUCACAAAUUUCAGGCUAAAAACUCACGUUUUGAUGGUCAAAUUUUUCCGCACAGCGCUUCUUCCUUCUUCUUCUUCUUCUUAAUUUUUCUUCUUCUCCUUACGUUUGAGUCAACUUGAGAAUUGUCCGAGGCCGAAAUUGAGGUCGAAAUUUGAAAGAGCAACAAGUCAGACGUCGCUAGCUUUCGCCUGGACAAUAGCUUCUCCUGCAGUCUGUAACAUAAUCAAAGUGCUCAUAGAAAAUUGGUGAUGUCAAAAAUUUUAACUAUCUGUUAUUAUGCGGACCUUUAAAAAAAAAACAAAAAACGAUGUAUUUUACCUCUACUUUCUAAAGAGAGAAAACCUGGAUGCAAAGGGUGCCAUUUUAAUGUGUAUAAAAUACUUUCCCUAUUGAUUGCUUUGUACGAGUUUUAAUUGUUUAUUCUAUGUGUGUGUAAAUUUAUUUAGUGUAACAUCGCAUCAUUUUGUUUUGAUGGUCCUACCAGCCAACAUCCGACACUGCCACUAUUGUAAAAUAGGAACUAUAUAUAGAUAUACAUAUAGGGUAUAUAUAUAUAUAUAUAUAUAUUAUACAAAUGAUAAUCACCGAGAGUGCUUCUUCGCCGCAGUGAAAGGAAGCUGGCAGGCACACGUUCAAAGGUGAUUGUGUGUGUGUGUGUGUGCAUGUGUGGUGUUUUCUCUUUUUUAUUUUUUUUUAUGGAGCGCCAGAAAGCUGUUUGUCAAUAACUGCGUUGAGAUUCUUCUUCUUUUGUUGUUGUUGUUGUUUUUGUUGUCGUCAAGUUUUGUGUAACUUACGAGCUUCGGGUUCCCACGGCCAAUUUUAGUUCUCCGCUUUCCUCGUAUUCCACCAGGGGGACUCUUUUUCUUCCGAGUAAAAUGGAGUAGAACGAAAGCUGUACAUACUUACUUACUACGAGUUUGCAAAAAUGUGGAACGGCGUCCUACCGAAACUGGAACUUUGCAGUCUGACAGUGAAGUGUUUCGAGCUUGUGGAAGGAAGGUUCGAUGUGAAGGGGGGGGGCAAAAGCUACGUUGCCCCUCCAACUGUUUUUUGCAAACUACGACGAGACCUUCAACCCUGCGUUAUUGUAAUAAAUUUCUGAACAGUCGCAGAGGGUCUUACGAGCACGAUAGCAAAACACGCAGAUUUUGAAGACGAUUAGAUGGCUUUAAAGCACGGCUUAAAGCAGCGAAAGUACUCCGAGCUCUGGAAGGCUUUAAUCUAUUUUUAAUCGUAACGAUCUUUUUAUUGUAUUCGAUUUGAAGUUCAUGUGGAACGUAUUUUCUUUGCCUUCUUGGAAAGCCUGACCACAUUUAAAUAAUCCGUUUUCAGAAAGAACAUAUUUGAGUUUCAGUAUCUUCCUAGUCAAAUUGAUCUAGCAUCUUUUCUGAUAUCUUUUAGAGAAUCUCUGUCACUCAAAAUAGUGUUUGUUAGCUAUUUCCAGUUUUCACGUCUCUGCACUCUGCACUGCACAUAUACACAAAAUUUGCUACAAAAACCUUUUCAAUGUCAGAUUGCGAAGUUCAGUACCGGUAAGAUGCAGUCAUACAUAUUCCCAGACAGCAUCGAAAAUGCACUGUGCUUUCCUGAAUAAUUUUGCAUAUUUAGGAAUAUAUUCCAGGGCAUGUGGAGAAUGACUACAUUUGCAGACGCUGCUUUUUCAGUUUAGAUUAGGGUUUUCUUACCCCGUAAUUCGUAAACGCAUGACAAAAUGUUGUGAAUGUAUUUGACGUAAUGAUCCGACGAAUGGUGCUGUUCAAUUAGUUCAUAUACAGGUGCAACUAAAACUGUGAUCUCACUAGUACCUUGGAGGGACUGACUUUUUCGGGUUAUAUUUUGCUUCAAUUAUUCGGGUGUAAUCGGGUUGAACUGAACCUGAUUCAACCUAAUUCUGGUUGAAUCGGGUUGGAUCAGGCGGAUCGGAUUCCCCAUGGUCCAGCAGUUUUUGUGGAAAUACUGGGUUAAACCCUAGAUGGGUAGAAAUCCAGCGAAGCGGUAGAAUGUAGCAAUGAAAAGGUCAAGCAUAAUCGGGUAUAGCCCUAAAAAGUCCGGUCCUACUUAUGUGCAGCUGUAAUCUUUCUCUACAUGCAACACCAGUGUGUUUGAAUCAAGAUCAUUCAUGUUGCGUUCAGACCAAAAAGCUACAUUCUUUCUCUCUCUAUAUAUAACCUUGUACUUUAUUCUCUCAUCGGGACCACGGUUACGUCUUUUCAUUUUGCCGCGGCUUUGCUGUGCAAAGUUUCUGUGGCACUGUAAGGUACGGUUUCCUGUGUGUGCUGGUAGAAAGCUCGAUAAUUAGUCAUAUCAAAUGCAUGUCGUGGCCUGUCUAGGUACGUGGCUCGCCGUGUGGACAGAACGAAAAAGCCACUCAAAGUCAUUGUUUCCGCAACCACACACUUGACACGGGAGAAGAGCCGUCGGAAUUGUGCGAUGAGAUGUGUGCACUUUGAAGCAUUUAUGACGACACUAACGGACAGUGAAAGCUGGUCGUCAGUUCUACUCCGAAGGACAGUAGCAGUGCCGUGAAUGAAAACAGAGAGAACAUGAAAUCGCGUGUCAUGGUAUAGCAUGAGUGCUUCCGACAGUGCAUUUAUGUGAAGUAUCCUGCACCCAGCACUGUUUGUGUGUUAAGUUAUUUGAAAACUAGUAUGUACAUGUAUUUUGAGUUGCAUCACUUUGGGCAGAUGUCUGAUGUUUCAGCGACAUUGCCCAUGCAGAGGUGUUUCUGAGCCGUUACGUUUUUUUUUUUCUUUUUUGUAUUUGCGGCAUUUUUAACUCAGGUGGAUUUUGUGUCUCCUCUGCUCUUUGUAAGCAUAAUUUCGUGCCUUUUUUUAUUUGUAACUGUUAAUAUUAUUGUUUGUGCUUUUGUAACAGUAACACAUGUGUAAGCUGGCAUUAUCUUGUGUUAUUCCUUUCGAGACAUUACUGUUGGUGUACAGUACCUAUUUAUAGUUCCGUUUGAUUUGUUUGAGAACGUCGAGGAUGUGAUGUGGCUGUGCAUUUGGUACCAAGGGUCCCUGACCUGCGAGCAGAAAUUGUUUGUAGGUCUUUACACCUUAUUUUCGCAAUGUGAAUUGAUGCUGUCAGCGGCAAUGUGUAACUGUGAAUGCUGCUGUCUACACUGUGUCCAGAACCAUGUGCGUGAAACAUUUCAAAGAAUUAUUACUGGAGAUUCUGCAGAUGUACGCAGCCAAAAUUUGUGUAUUGCAGGGUACCGUUGUAUUCUUUCAGGGAUAGGCACUUUUAACACUAAAAUGCGCGUGCUAGGGCAAUAGUAAAAUGAUUUACAUAAAAAUAGGAGUCUUUAAUUGCUACAAUUCAUAUCUUUUGUAUCCGACAAGUUUAUGCAAUAUGAAACAGAAGCUUCAAGUUGGGGGCUGCCGAUAUUUUGAAUAUUGGCCACUCCUAAACUUGGACCACGGAAUUUUUCACUUUUUUUAACUUUAGGCAGCGUUGUGCCCAGCCUGCACCACAAUUCUCACUGUAGCUCGGAAGUAACUACGAUUAAUUUUUGACACCAGUGUGGGGAUGUACAGACAUUUACUGAAAAAAACGCGUAUCAGAAAGGAAAAUAUGGAAUCCCAUGACCAAAGUGCGCUCUUCUGGCCACGGUUCUGUAUUCAACACAAAAGUUCAAUCUCUGUCAACCAAUUCCUUGGUCGUAGUGGCAGGCAACCUUUGGUACGCUACCAGCACGGCUCGAGAAGCGACACCUGUUUGAAAUUUCCAUAGUGUUACGGUCACAUUGUAAAAUAAUGUCCUAUCAGUCCCUUCCUCGUGACUCUGUGACCUCACCCAUUGUGUACAUAUAAACGGAGCAUUUUUACCCUUCUCUGUCACGUGAUCGCUCGGCGCUCAUCCACGGAGGGGUGUUGCACGUUUGCACCCUGGUGUUGUGGGCACUGCGUCUGGUCAGUGCUAGUCUGGUCAAAAUUGUGACGCAAUCGAGAUAGUACUCGUCAGUGGCAACUGCGGACGAUUCCUUCACAACCCCCACUUGUGAUUACUGACAUCAUUGCGGCAGAAAGCUGCCGGAGAAAUGUAGAUGUGAGUAUGCCAAUAAAUACUUUUUUUCUUUAUUAA